GCUGCUCGCUGUGUCACGGUGCCUCGGGGUGUGUUACCUUGCCCGGGCAGAUUCCACCUCAACCUCAGCCGUCAAUGCCAUGGGAAGACAAAUAAUACUUCCAAAGCUGAAGUCACUAUGGCAUCUAUGUGGCGAACUCCAAGAGUAAGCCCUGUUAUUUUCUCAUUUUGAACCGCACUAAAUAUUAAUAGUGUCGUGCGGUGCAGAUUCCCCUGUCCUGCAAGGAGGGACAGGUUACCUGCAGGCGGCGGCAUUGAAAGGCUUUAUUCCGAAUGAGGGUUUUUGCAGAAGGCUGCAUUUGACCGAUGUAUUCCCGAGACAACCCAGAAGGCAGGAGAAACACUGUUAUCAUGUCUGAGAGCCCUGAAGAGCAGCAGAGCACCGGGGUCUUGGGCCGUAUCGGGAGCUGGCUCUCUCCAUGGAAGGGAAAUAGUCAGACGAGUCCCACUGGAAAUGCCUCCCCAACUAGCGACCAGGCUCCUAAGUCAGAGGGAGAAGAGGAGAGUGAGCGGCCUGUGAGACUCCGGGCAAAGAAUCAAGAGUGGGAGGAGGAGAAGGAACAGAGCUCCAAUCCCAAUCCACUCUUUCUCUCCAGGGACAUUUCCCCCCAUGAAGAACGGCACGCCGCACAGUCUGCCCACAGAGACGGCUUUAUUGUAAGCAGCACUGAGACAGCAGAAGGAGGUUCAAAAAAGGAGGAGUUUGUGGAGUACAGGCAGGAGAGAAAAGGGCAGAGGGAGGAGAGAAGCAACCGUUCUUCAGAGAGCGGGAAUCCUAAGAAGAAUACCAGUCAUCUGACACAUCUCUCCUCCUCUUCUAAGCAGGGAGUGGUCCGGCACUCUGAUCGAGUCCACACCCAGCCACAGGUCCAUGUAGGCAGGAAGCUCCAUGUGUACCUGGAGGAUACCGAGGUGACUCACAGCGGCAAAGAGACCUGUGCUGGACAGGAAAUUGUCCGCACCGAAGUUACAAAAAAGGACAUAACAAUCCUCCGAAAGGGGCCGUCAUCAUCAAGUUUUGAUUUGAACUCGAGUUCAAAAAGUGAAGAGAUCAAAAGGACAAAUGUGAGUCCUGCUAAAGGUGCAGAUCUUUAUUACAGUGCCUUAGUGGGAGUGUCACUGAAAUCACCUCAAGACUCACAGUCAGAAGCUGAAUCUGAAGAACAAACAGAGGCCAACAGCAUGGGGCGUAAAAACGCAGCCAGAAAGAAAUUAAGACAGAACGCUCAGGGAAAUGAAGGGAACACCCCCCAGGAAAACAUGCCUCCCACUGCCCUCCCUGUCCCAGAGGGAAUCCUUACAUCAGAUAACUCAUUGACCACUCCUCAGGGCAAAGGUGCAGAGACUCACAUGGGAGAAUCAUCUGUAAACUCCUCCUCCUCCUCCCAGCCCAACCCCACCUCUCAGGCUUCACCUGAAGGCACGGAGAUCGAGACUUCCUGCCCUGACGCCGUCAAGCAGUUGGACAACUUCCAGGACUCAAACUCACUCAUUGCCGCCAGUCUGGCAUGUGUGGCAGAUAGGGGCUCAGACAUGGAGGACGACGACAGUCUUUACAGAGUUGAAAGGAAGACAGAGACACCAGAGUCCAAACGUAUGAGUUUAAAGGUCUCUCGAAGUGAGGUGAAGCUUUUUACAAAAAAUGUGCCUUUGGAGAAGAGUCCAGCAGGAGGCACCGAGGAAUUUAAGACAGCGGUAAUGAAAACCAAAGAUGGAGGAAAAGAUAAGCCCAACACAGAGACUGACGGCAGACAACACCAGCUGAAGAAAAUCAAUGAGGAGCCUAAGCCAGCCGCUGGCCGCAUUGCGGGUAAAAUCAACCUCUUUGAGCACCCGGCAGCGAGGGUCAACAAACAGACCUUCCAGAGCCAGAGGAGUGCUGAUGUCUCUCCAGUUAGAAAACCCGCAGAGAAGAUGAAAGAGGAAUUUGUUUCGUUAGAGAAGAGGUCCAAAUCUGGUGAACGUUACGCGAUGGCCGUGUCCGGCACUGCACCGGCCGUCAGGGAGAAGCCAAUGACGAUCAAGGAGCGAGCGAGGAACUUCACAGAGGCGUCUAAAUCCGAUGACAGGCCCGCAGUGUCUCAAAAGCCAACAAUGACUGGAAUGUCUCAAAGAUCCUCGUCGUCUGUUGCAGCUGCUGCAUCAACAAAACUGGACAAUCAGGGUAAACUGGAUACUAAGGAGCAAAUACAGAAACAAAAGUCAGAGAUAACAUUAAAACCAGAUGGACAGGAUACCAUUGCUGUAGGGAUAAAGAUUUCCAUUCCUAAAGAGCAACCAACAGACUCUCGAAUAAGCAACACAGUAGACUCGAAAACAGCAGAAAAGGGGAUGAAAUCCAACAGUCUGGAAACAGAUCCAACUAAGGAGACUAGUGAUUCUGCAGAACUGACCAAUAGCAUCAGCCCACAGUCCAAAAGCCCUACCAGAAUGGGCUCCAGACCUAAAAGAAAAAAAGGUAGGGAACCAGAGAGUCCCAUCAGCCCACAUGGUGAAAACAAAUCAGAUUGCUCAACAAGUAAGGCAGAGCUCACCGGUAAUAAACAACAUCAGGUGGAUGAUACUGAGAAGGCCGCCUCUGCCUCUAAGACACAGGAAGUCUCAUUAGCAUCUGAAAAAGCCCAAGGAAAUACAUCAAACAAACAGUCUGAUACCAAAGGAAAAGCUAUUAAGAAGGAGAUACUGGUGGUAGACGAACAAAAGGAAAGGUUAGCUGUCUCAGUAACAAAUGAGAAAAUUAAUAAACUCGACAACAGACAGGAGGGAUUGCCUGAACCAUCUGUCAACAAAGAUCAACCUGGUACUGCUGCUGGUCGCAGUGGAACAAAGACACCUAUUGACAAGAGUCCCGUUAUUUUACCCCGAAAGCAGGAACAGGCAGGGGGAAACAAGCUCUCAUUCACACAGAGGAAAGAAAAUGCCUCCAAGGACUGCAAAGAAACUUCAGCCUCCUCCCCCUCACCUGCGGUUGAGCAACCUACUGAGAAGACUCGUUCAAUGAAGCAAGGGCCUCCUGUCGAACAUCCCAAAUUAGAAAAAGAAUUGCCAACACAAUCUGCAUUUAAAAGUGAAGGAAAAGUAAAACUUCAGAAUAAGAAAGACACAGGACCAAAACCACAACCCUUAAACAAGGACACAGAGCUAAUACAUCAGACUGUGAGUGAAGAUGUGAGGAAUUUAGAAAAGGUGGAGGGCGAAAAAAGAAAUCAGACUGAGAAGAAAAACAAAGACAAGCCCCAGCAGCUACCGCGUCCAGAUAAAAAUACCACAAAGGGCAAGGUUUCAGACAGCAGACAAUUUAUCUCUGGCACAAAGGAGAGUGCUGCAAGGGAUGAUGAAAGAAUAAAUGCUGAGAUAAACGAUGAGAGAAAAGUCUCUCAGUCCUCAGAGAAGACCGGUACAUUAUUAGACCUCCCUGCUCCAAAACAACAUGUCAUACACACGAAGAGUACACAUCCAGAAGAAACUGUCACCCAGACUAAUGAGGCUGUGAGUGUGACAAAGAGUGAGAAAGGGCCGUCAAAGGGGAGUCAGGCUACAUGUGUGUCCUCUGAGUUACAAAAAGAGUCUCCAAAAGGUCUAGAGACAGAGACACAGCCUCAUUCUGUUUCUGUGGAAAAAACUGAAAAUGUACCGGAUGACUCAUGUGCACAUGGAGCUAAUGACUCUGAGUUCUCCAGCUCAGAGUCUAUUACCAAAGCAACAACAGCAGCUGAGAAAUUGACUGUAAAAGCCGGGGAUGGCACUCCAGCGCUGAUAGCUGCACAGACACUGUCAGAGAAAAAAGCAUCUGUUAAAGAGCAUACUCCAAUUUCUCCAUCUAAAUCUGAGAGGAGCAAGGGAGCAGGGCGGGCUGAUGGGGAAAGCAAUUCAAAUGCCAUCCCAGUGCCUGCUGUAGUCAAAGUCUCAGGAGAUGUGAUAAAACCAGCUCGCCGCCAGCGUGAGGAUUCAAAAUCCACAGAGAGCACAAGUGUUAUUACUUCAGUCAAGGGCGCAAAGAAAAUAGCACGCGGCCCCUCGGAUAGAGAGGCUUCCAGCUCCAUAGUUAAUGUGGCAGGGAACACAGCUGAGAAAACACUGCACUCACAAAGCAAUGAAGUUUCGCUUGUUGCUAAUGGAGAUUCGUCCCAGCAACUCAACGCUGUCGGAAAGGAACUGGUCAAUAACAAACCGAGUCCACAGGCUAAUAAGCCGACCCCAGAUACAACCCAGCGUUCUCCCAUGAAGAAGCUCCAUUUGCCACGGGGACUAAACAGAGACGAUGUUUCAGCCCCGCAAGACGCCCCCUCUAGCUGGCUGGAUGUGGACUUGCCCAAAUGGAAGCUCAAAGUCCCAGUGCCCAAACUGAGCUACUCUGGUAGUGAGAGCAAUCUGCUGGACACCUCUGGUGACCUAGAUGAUGAUGAUUUCAUUGAGAAAAUCAAGAAUCUUUGCUCGCCGUUCUCUCUCCCGCCACGUAAACACAACGUACUACGGACCCCUCAGCCGCCAUUCGCCAUGCCCGCCAUCAGGGAGGACCGCCAUGAGAAGACGUUUGACCCCGAUGAGUUUAAGUUUGGUUUGAGGAAGAAGAAUCAGUUUAGUGUAGACACAACCCCAAGCUUCUUAUCAAGGCUGCAGAACAAGGACACCAAAUCUGGCACGAAGCCAGCCAGGGCAAGUUUGUCAGACAGGAGCAUGCUGCUGAGUAGCCUGGACACUCGCUCUCGCCUCAGGGACAAAGAGGACAACGAUGAGGAGGAUGACAAGGAAGAGAAGGAGGAGCAGGUCAAGGUGAAGUCUCGCUUGGAGGGCAGCUGUGUUCUCAGCAGCCUUUCCUCCUCCAUUUUCAGAGGGAAGAGGAAUGGUGGUCAAACGCAGGUGGAUGGCACCAGCUCUGGGGAUGUGUCACCGAGUGAAGCCCCCCAGCUAAGCCCUCCACCUUUAUCCCAGCCAUGUUCAACAGCUCCACUCAGAGAUACACUGGCCCUGAGCAGCAGAGAGGAAGCCCAGGCUGUGGAGGCUGUGGUCGGUGACUCAGGCCCUCCAUUUCCGUCCUUUAACGAAAUCAAGCUGCCGGAUUAUUUAGAGAAGUACCUCCCCCAAGAACCAGCAAAACAAGGAAUGGAGCAAGUCAAACCCGAGGUUAUUGGGAACAUGCCAACCCCAGCCCCUGGAGAUGAAGCAGACGGGGCAGUGAAACUUGUCCAUGCUGUGCCUCCAUUUUCUCAGGGGAUUCCUCCAAUCACACCCCCUACACUGCCGACAAUCCCUGCUGAGCUGAAAAAGCCUCCAGCUCAGCCCCGGGCAACUCUUAGUAGAAAUAUACGAAUCGUCAAAGGAUUUCACAAGCGCCCUGGAAAGAUGGUGUUGUUUGAGAAAGCUCAGUUCAGUGGCCAGGCCCAUGAGAUCUUCGGGGAUGUAGCAGAUGCUACGUCUCUGCGGCUCUCACCUCUCGUCUCUGUGAUGGUUGUUAGAGGAUGCUGGGUUCUCUAUGAGAAGCCUGGCUUCCAGGGACGCUGCAUUGCCUUGGAAGAGGGAGGCAUUGAAUUGACAAACAUGUGGGCAGAGCCGGAUCCGGAGACAGGGCCAGAGAACCUUCCUCCAAUGCAAAUGGGCUCCAUUCGACUGGCUGUCCGGGAUUACAGCCUGCCACAUAUUGAUCUGUUUACUGAACCAGAGGGCCAUGGCAGAGUAACACCUUACCAUGAUGACACAAUAGAAACGGGGGCUUUUGGCGUCCCACUGAGCACCGCUUCCAUCCAAGUGCACUCUGGAGUGUAAGUGUGACUGUUGUUGCAAAACAAUCAUUCAAACCUUUGCCAUUU